AUGGACUCUUGUGUGGAGGAAAUGUUGGAUUCAUACAUAGGUGAAGGGUUGGGUGGUGUUCGUGUUGUUGGGAUAUGCGGGAUGGGUGGAAUGGGCAAAACAACCCUUGCACGUGAAAUUUAUAGAAGAAUUUCUAGUAAAUUUGAAGCUAGAAGCUUUAUUGCUAAUAUUAGAGAAGAAACUAAAAAUCAAGGUCUAGUUUCUUUACAAAAGCAACUUCUUUCUAAGAUCCUCAUGGAAAGUGAAAUAAAUAUAUGGGAUGUUUGUGAGGGAAUCAAUGUUAUAAGGAAUACACUAUGUAAUAAAAAUGUUUUUAUUAUUCUUGAUGAUGUGGAUGGAGAUGAGCAAUUAGAAGCAUUGGCAGGGAAGCAUGAUUGGUUUGGUCCUGGAAGUAGAAUCAUUGUAACAAGCAGAGAUAGCCAUUUAUUGAUAAGAUGUGGUGUGGAUUACAUAUACAUAGCCAAGGAGUUGAAUAAUGAUGAUGCUUUGCAGCUUUUUAGUUGGAAAGCUUUUCAUAAACCUCAUCCUGAAGAAAAUUAUGUGAAUUUGUCUAUGGACUUUGUGAAUUAUGCUAAAGGCCUUCCUUUAGCUCUUAAAGUUUUAGGUUCUUCAUUGUUUGCUAAAAGAUCGAAUGAAUGGAAAAGUGCCCUAUAUAAACUAAAAAAAGAAGAACCUAAUAGAAAAUUUUUGGAUAUACUUCAAAUAGGUUUUGAUGGGCUUACAAAUUUGCAGAAAGGAUUGUUUCUAGAUAUUGCAUGUUUUUUCAAAGGAGAGAACAAAGAUUGCAAAAGAGAUAUAUUGGAAAGUUUUUGUUGUUCUCUAGACUAUGAUAUUGGUGUUCUUAUGGACAAAUCUCUCAUAACCAUUGAUGACUAUGGAACUUUGUGGAUGCAUGAUUUGCUACAAGUAAUGGGUCAAGAAAUCGUUCGUCGUGAAUCUCCUAAAGAGCCUGGUGGACGUAGUAGGUUGUGGAUUUAUGAUGAUGUCAUUCAUGUAUUGAAGAAUAAUUCUAUUUUAGAUGCAUUAAAACUUAUGGAUCUAAGUGACUCUCAAUGCUUGAUUGAGAUCCCGGACCUUAGUGGAGCCCUAAAGCUUAAGCAAUUGAUUCUUCGACAUUGUACAAGACUAUAUAAGAUUCACACAUCUCUUGGAGAUCUCAAACAGCUUAUUCAAUUGGAUUUGAAUGGUUGCAAAUGUCUUGAAAUCCUUCCUCACAAGAUCAGCUUGGAAGCGCUUGAAAUUUUCGAUCUUGGUGGUUGUUCAAGACUGAAGAAGUUUCCAGAAAUUGUAGGAAAUAUGUUACAUUUGUUGAAACUUUGUUUGAGUGAGACAGCUAUAAAAGAUCUACCAUUAUCAAUGGAGCAUUUAACUGGCCUUAUAAAAUUAGAUUUAAGAGACUAUAAAAACCUUUCAAGUCUUUCAAAUGGCUGUUGUUGUUCAAAGUCUCUAGAAAUUCUCACUUUAUCUGGCUGCUCAAAACUUGAUACACUACCAAAGAAUUUGGGUAAUAUCGAAGGCCUAGAGGAGCUAGACCUGAGUGGAACUGCUAUAACAAGGCUUCCUUUAUCUGUUGUUCACUUAAAAAAUCUCAAAAGAUGCUAUAACCCGAAUAGGUUCACAUAUCUCACAAUUCCUAGAAGUGAAAUUCCCAAUUGGUUUAGGCACCAAAAUGUGGGGGCUUCAGUGAAUUUGCAAGUGCCUUCACAUUUAUUAUUCAGUAGCAAAUUUAUGGGAAUUGCUGUGUGCAUUGUUUAUAUAUUCCGCCAGCAUCAUCCACUUCACCAACUUCAUAUUCAUCAUUUUAGAGGUACGAUAUGUACACAUUCGCUUUUGUGUUCCGUUGAAGCCAACGGAUUUCGAUAUUCCCCAGUGUGGCUUCCUUUAAUGGAGGAAUUUGGUAAGAUUGAAUUGUAUCAUCUUUGGCUUGAAUAUUUUCCCUAUAAAGCACACUUCGAAAGGCACCACAAAGAAGAAUUGGAUGCUAAUGAAUUCACCCAAAUUAAGGUUACAUUUGAAUCCUUCGGUCCAGGCUUGGAGGUUACGAAAUGCGGAGCCCAUUUGAUAUUCGAGCAAGACAUUAAAGAUCUCAAUCAAACUAAGCCUGGGUCUAGCAGCUGCAGUAUCACUCCUUAUUAUGAGGAUGAUGAUUUAGGCGAUUCAGAGAAAGAUACCAAAAUCAAGGAAUGCCGUGAUGAUGAAGCAACACACCCAGAGUGGACAAAGCACCCUAAUCUAAUUGAAAACUAG